ACUAAUUUCCCCCUUGCUUCCACUGCUAUUCUAUUGUCUUCUUUCUUCUCACCCCACCAAAGAACCUUCCCCUUUCUUCACAAAAACAAAUAGUAGAUGAGUAGUUAUCAAUAGCACACAUAUGUCCACAAGCAAAGGGAAAGAUAUAGUAGAGGGAUCGUCAAGAUCUCCUACUGAUGGUGGUGGUGGUGGUAGUGAUGAUCGGAUUCAACCGCAACAUCAGUUGCCGUUGAGCCGAUAUGAGUCCCAAAAGAAGAGAGAUUGGAACACUUUCGGCCAAUACCUUAGGAACCAACGGCCUCCAGUGCCGCUUUCUCAGUGCAACUCCAGCCAUGUCCUUGAAUUUUUAAGGUAUUUAGAUCAAUUCGGAAAAACAAAGGUACACUCGCAAGGUUGCUUGUUUUUCGGGCAGACCGAACCACCAGGACCUUGCACAUGCCCUCUCAAACAAGCCUGGGGGAGUCUUGACGCUCUCAUAGGCCGAUUGAGAGCGGCAUAUGAGGAAAAUGGAGGUCUACCCGAGACAAAUCCAUUUGCCAGUGGAGCCAUAAGAGUUUACCUACGAGAGGUUAGGGACUCACAAGCCAAAGCAAGAGGAAUCCCUUAUAAGAAGAAAAAGAAGAAGAGAAAUCUAAUCAAUAAUAAGGCCAACGGUGACACCACUACUACCUCAAGCUUACCAGCUUUGCAGUAAAGUUAUCAUCAACAUCCCUUUUGAAUUCCCCUUCAAGAGCUUAUGGACUUGGAUGAUGACUUUAAUUAGCUGAAGAAGUCAAGGAAUUGGAGCUAAAUGAAUGAAUACUUCUUACAAUGAAUACAAAGUCGGAUUCCUUGGGUGGGUCAAGAUCUUAAGCAUUCCAUGGUAUUUAUGUGUCAAGAAGCUAAGCUAAGUGUAUUUUGUUAUUCAAAUGAGAAUCUAAAAAUCCAUUUGAGGAAGGAAUUUGAGUAAACCUUAUUGGGUAAGUUUCUAUCCGUAUUGUAUUCACUUUAUUAUGAUGAUGAAGAAUUUUUAUA